AUGGUUCAACUGAUUUUGCGAGAAAACCCAUCAAUCCUCGGCAUUAGGGCGUCAUUUGACGAAGAGGAAACUACUAGCAAAGCUGAGCCAAUACUGUGUUACGCAGUUGAGGGCGGGCUGGAAAUGGUUAGACAUUUCCUUGAAGCUGGAGUGGAUGUCAAUGAGUUCGUAGACAACGUAGGUGGCCGCACCGCUUUACAACGGGCUUCAGAGAUUGGGAAACUGGAUAUUGUUGAGCUAUUACUCAAAGAAGGUGCCGACAUCAACGCUGCACCAGCCGGAUUUGGGGGAGUAACAGCACUCCAAGCUGCAGCAAUCGAGUCAAAUUUGAAUGUUGCGCGCCGACUUCUAGAAGAGGGAGCUGAUGUAAAUGUUCAAGGUACGAUGUUCGGAUUGACAGUUUUGGAGGAAGCUGCAAGACAGGGAAGGAUCGAUAUGGUUCAGCUGCUUCUGGACAAUGGAGCUGACAUCACAAGUGGUGAUUUUGGGGACGUUCAGUAUGAGAAUGCUGUCAAUAUUGCAAGAGAGGAGGGUCACAUUCCUGUUGUAUGGAUGUUGGAAAAGCAUCGGAAGAGCUUGGGAUGA